GAAGCCAUUACGUUGCGCACAUCAGUUGAGUAAAUCCUACUAUUUUUGCGUACAAUACGCACAAUUACCUCUCCAAAAGAGGAAUUUCUGCAGUUAUGGCAUCGGUCGCGAAAAAGAGAAAAAUGAAUUUCUCGGAGAGAGAGGUGGAAAUUAUCGUGGAAGAAAUAGAGAAACAAAAGCACACACUAGUUAACCACUUCAAUGCUGGAGUAACACACAUGGCAAAGAAUAACGCGUGGGUGGAUAUCCUGAAAAAGGUGAACGCAGUCACCACCUGUCCCAGAGAGUUGCCUGAGGUGAAAAAGAAGUGGUCUGACAUGAAGACGGAGGUCCGGCGGAAAGUGGCCCAGGCACGGGCUGCUAUAGAGGGGACAUCCGCUGACUGCACUCCAGUUCCCGUCAUCCUCACGGCGAUGCAGCAGCGGAUCUGUAACCUCCUGGGAGAGGCCACCAUCAUCAGUUUACCUGCAGCUGACUCGGAUGCUGAGAUAACUUUACCUGUGACAGUGAAUACCACCGCCACCGUCACACUAGCAGAGACUCUUCCAGCUGGCUCAGGUACAGUCUGUGAUGAAGCAAAGCCACUGAAUGCUGAAACAACCUACCACGCUUUGGAGGAUGGAGGUGUGGUGGAGUAUUGCACCACCACUGUAAGCGACUCCGCUCCCACUGUGGUGGCGGCCGUCGAGGCUCCGGUGGAGAUGCUCGCCUCAUCCUCAGCUUCCCCGCCGCUGCCUCAGGGUCAGGCCAAACCUCAGGAGCUGAAGAGCCGUAUCGCCCUCAACUCAGCCCGCCUGCUGCAGGAGCAGAGAGUCACCAACGUCCACAUCCGACAGAUCGCCCAGCACCUGGAGGGCCAGAACGAGCUGCUGCAGAUGAUGCGCCGCUCCCAGGAGGCUCAGGCCUUCGCCCAGGAAAGACAGGCCCAGGCCCUGGAAGGUACGCAGGCUGCCCUUCUAGCAUUAGUGCAGAUGCUCAGGCCUGCUCUCAAAGACCUGCGCAAGUUCCUGCAGAGUGGGACUGAGGUCACAAACCCCAGCAGCUCAGCAGCAGGAGUGACAGCUGAUGGGGCGGGAGCAGAGGAGCAGAGCAGGCCCAAAACACCGCCGCCUCUGCCACAGCAAGCCAAAGAGACACAGUAGACACUGUGUGUGUGUGUGUGUGUGUGUGUGUGUGUGUGUGUGUGUGUGUGCGCUUGUGUGUGUGUGUUUGUGUGGCGUCCUGUCUGCAUUGCAGAUUGAGGAGUCGAUGCACACAGACUUCAGAGAACAAUGAAGGCUUGUCAAAUGUUGCCUUAAAGAAAGCAUGUACAGAAUUUUACUGAUGUUGAAUGAUUUGGACGGACACAGAAGCUUUGAAAAGGUUCUGGUGAGAACAUCAUUUUUAUUGUCUGUCAUUAAUUAGCAGUGAGUUGAUGUUAUUUAAUACAGGUCAUCACCCUGAUUUGGGAGGAACAUUUAAUUUUUUGUUUCUUCAAAUCGUCCUACAGUUCACCCUGAAUAAAGAACAAGCAGUCUUGUUUUUAAGACCUGGUCCAACUGGGAUCUUCAGUUAGUGUGCUCCAUGUCUUUAGAACUGAAUAAAAUGUGAAGAAAAUCAGCAGCCUGUGUUUUACCUACAGGGUGUAUUACAUUCAUCAACCAGCAGAGGUCAGCACAUUUCAUUACUGAUGGAGCAGUGAUCUAAGAUAUCUAUAAUUUGGGAUUAAAUCUGUUAUUAUGUGUGAAAGACAUUAUUUGUUUUUAAUUUGGAACACCACACUCAUAUUAUUUGCUUUUUGUUAGGUAAGUGACUUUGAGUUCCACUGUAAACAUCAGGAAAAUGAAAUAAAGUUUCCGUUAUAGAGACUUCUGCCCACAACCACCUUAAGACUUUCCUGUUACCUAUACUGAUUUCACCAUGUUACAGUUUUGUUAGUAGCAUUUCAUCAUAGUUUAAAAUUGUCAUCCUCCAUUAGUUGAAAAAACAUGGUUAACAGUUGUGACAAAAAUGUAAUGGAAAUCUAUUUUUGAGCUAUGUGCUGCAUACCUGGAGAAAACAAAAGUGGUGUCCUGAGUCUAUGAUGGUAAUGAAUACUGAAAAACAAAAUAAGAAUUAAGGAUGUUAAAAUUGGAGAAAGCAAAACUGUAAGUAACAUUUCAAGCUGUUAAGAUCGACCCUGAUAAACACUGUACCACGUCCUAGAUCGGACUGCUCUGCAGUUACUUGUGGACUGUACAGACAGUGAAUAAAGGCAGGACAAGUUUAUUUGUAGCACCUUUCAACAACAUGGCAAUUCAAAGGACAAGAAAUUAAA